CCGACUCGUCCUUGCCUGGUCUCCGGUCCCUCGUGGGAAACGAUCCCCGGCGUCGGGGUCCACACCGCGAGGGAGCGGCAGAACCUAAAUUGGUAAUAAAUCAGUAAGAAACAAAUGUUUACAUUCACUCAGUGAAAAAUGUCAUGUCUAAACUCAACAUAUAUUGGAGCCACACAUGGACAUCUCCCUCUCCUCCACUAAGAACAGAAGAUGAAAAAAUCCCAGGGACAAGUGUCAUUCAAAGAUGUGUGUGUGGACUUCACCAAAGAAGAAUGGUAUCUCCUGGACCCUGCUCAGAAGAUAAUGUACAGAGAUGUGAUUCUGGAAAAUUACAGCAACCUUGUCUCCGUAGGGCACUGUGUUCCUAAGCCAGAGGUGAUCUAUAAGAUAGAACGAGGGGAGGAACCCUGGAUACUGGAGAAGGGGUCUCCAAGCCAGAGCCACUCAGAAAGGAAAUGGAAAGAUGAUGACCUAGUGGAGAGCAACCAAGAAAAUCAAGAUGAACACUUUUGGCAGCUCAUGUUCACCAACAGCAAACCAGGAAGGGUAGAGGGUGGUGAUAAACUUAGGAAAACUUUGAAUCUGGACACAGAGCCUAUGUUUUCAAGAAAUUUUCCCUUUAAAAUAUGUGACACAUGUGAAAUGAGUUUGAAAAAUAUUUCAGAUUUAAUUAUUAGUAAAAAGAACUAUUCCAAAAAAAAGUCUGAUGAGUUUAAUAUAUGUGAGAAAUUACUCCUUGAUAUUAGAUCUGAAAAAAUGCCUGUUGGAGAAAAAUCUUAUAAAUACAACCAAAAAAGGAAUAUUCUCAGACAUUGCCAAGACCUCAUUCAACCAAUUCUUGACCAACCUUUUGAGUAUAAUAAAGAUGGCCAAGGCUUCCAUGAGCAAGCCUCCUCUUUUACAAGUCAGAGGUCUCAGAUCAGGGAGACGCUCUACAAACACACCGUGUGUGGAAGAGCCUUCAUUGACAGCUUAAAACUCAAUGUAUCCCAGAACUCUCACUGGGAAAUGGAAUCACACGAAUGCAGUAUUUGUGGUAAGUUCUUUUGCAUGGAUUUACGAGUUGGACAUCAGAGAGCUCCUUCAGAGGACAGUAAUUAUGAAUAUAGUGAAUUUGGGGACAUCAUCUGUGACAGUUCGGCUUUCAUCAUCCACCAGGGAGCUUACACAAGAAAAACUCCCCAAGACUAUAAACUGAAUGACAAAGCUUGGGAAAAGUCAACCCUCUUUAAACAUGAGAUAGUACACAUGGGUGGAAAGCCCUACCCAUGCCCCGAACGUGGGAAUCACUUCAGGAAGAAGCCACACCUUCCCCAGUCUCGGAGAGCUCAUUUGGGAGAAAAAACCUUCGAGUGUGGAGAGUGUGGCAAAACAUUCUGGGAGAAGUCAAACCUCACUCAGCAUCAGAGAACACACACAGGUGAGAAACCCUAUGAAUGCUCCGAAUGUGGGAAAGCCUUCUGCCAGAAACCACACCUCACCAACCACCAGCGGACACAUACAGGAGAGAAACCAUAUGAGUGUAAGCAGUGUGGGAAAACGUUCUGCGUGAAGUCAAACCUCACUGAGCAUCAGAGGACACACACGGGGGAGAAGCCCUAUGGAUGUAAUGCCUGUGGGAAGUCCUUCUGCCACAGGUCCGCCCUGACUGUCCACCAGCGAACACACACAGGGGAGAAGCCCUUUAUAUGCAACGAGUGUGGGAAGUCCUUUUGUGUAAAGUCCAACCUCAUUGUACAUCAAAGGACUCACACAGGGGAGAAGCCUUAUAGAUGCAAUGAAUGCGGAAAAAUGUUCUGUGAAAAAUCAGCUCUCACUAAACAUCAGAGAACUCACACAGGGGAGAAACCUUACGAGUGUAAUGCGUGUGGUAAGACAUUUAGUCAGAGGUCGGUCCUCACUAAACAUCAGAGAAUUCACACGAGGCUGAAAGCUCUUUCAAAAUCCUGAAUGUUCAGAAGCCUUCGUAACACCUGUCAGGUGACUUUGGGGCAAGGGGAGCAAUGAACCCAGAUUAGAUCACAAUGGAAAUUCCAUUUGAACCAUUCUGUUGUGGUGAAUAUGUGAGUGAUACUCCAGGAAAUAUGUCAGUGUUGAAAUAUUGUCACGACAUGAGAAGACAUCUGCUGGACUUCUCCAUGUCUGUGGUACUGGUUUAUAGUCUGUUAGAAGAUGAGCAUUCAUGAGGGGAGAAAAAUGGGACCUGACAUGAUAUCACUGAGCUGCUCAGUUCUGUAAGUCUACUCUUCUGGGACUUUGUCCUUACUGUGAUAGUAACUGUUCCUUGUUUAUUCUUAGGACUGUGUGAUACAUGAGCUGGAAGAACUCCAGCUGACACAAAGUAAGUAUUAACACUGUAUAGUUUGGGGAUGAAUUUCUUUUCACAAGUUCCUUUUGGGAUGAUUUUAAAAAAUAAGCCAUGGGGUUCUCUGGUGAAAACAGAAUACAAAAUUUUUAAUGACAGACUUAUUACAGUGGUAUGGACCAGAAAGAAAGAAUAUUGAAACAUCCCUGAAAUGGUACAUACAGGAAACCAUUUCCAUGUUGAAUCUUCAAGGGAUAAAGAUGGCAUUAUCACAUUCUAGCAAGAGCUGAGGUCCUGUCACCUAGCAGAAUUAUGGCAUAUAUUGCUAGUACCUUCCUUUGAAGAACCCAGCCAGAGAUGUCUACAAGUGAGCCCAGGAGGGCACAGAAAGGCCGAGGGGAGUCUGCACAGAGAAAAAUGUAGACUAAGCCAGUAUGGUGCUUUUCAUUUCUGUAAAUUCCUAUGUAAAAGGCACAGUAUUAGAAAUAAAGUUAUUAUUACUAAUUGGA